CCUAUCGCAUGCAAGCCUGCUGAGCUUGGGUCUGCUGGUCGCCAGCCAACAGAAUGCCAGCUUGAAGCCUAUUCUGUAUUCACAUUACUGGAUGCAUAAGUAUGUAUUUUGCAAUCCCUGAAUUAUCUGGAGCUGCUCAAAUUAUGGAGUGCAGAGGGCCGCUCGCCCGCAGCGUCUCUCGUAGCCGGGUGGUAAAAUGUGCUGGCGCCGCACGCCAGUCGGGAGGGCGCCGUGGCACUGCUUCUGACGGAGCCGGGGCCCGGCGCGGCCGGCCCGACGCGCCCUUUCCUGGCUCCACACCCUCCUCUUCCCCCUCCUCGUCCUCGCCGUCAUGGCCGGAGCAGCAGCAGCGCCAGCUCAGCCGCGGCGGGCCGGGGGCUGGGCCUGCGGGGCCACGCCGUGCCGACGGCGCCGGCGCGCCCAACCCCGGUGCUGGCCGCCCGUCCUACUACGGCGGUGGCGGAGGCCCCGGCGGUGCCGGCCCCGGCACCCCCGCCCCCAAGCCCAAGUCUGACAAGGAGCGGGAGGCCCGCCGGGCCGCCAGGGCUGCGGACAAGGCGGCUGAGGUGGCGCGGGCAGCGAACGGCAGCUGCUACGGCUGCGGUGCACCGUUGCAGACGGAGGUGCCGCUGGGGGCGGGGUACGUGGCGCCAGACAAGUACGAGGCAAAGAGGCAGCGGAGGCAACUGGACAAGGUCCUGUGCCAGCGCUGCGGCGAGCUAUGCAACGGCGCCAUGAUCCCCGGCGUGCAGGACUUCACCCAGAAGCUGCAGCUACGAGCGGCGGGGCUGGAGGCAGCUGCAGCCGCCGCCGAGGGCGCAGCAGCCAGCGCAGGUGCAGGAGGGGCAGCAGGAGGGGCAGCGCGGGCGGGCGGGGCUGCGGCGACCGCUGCCGCGGCUGCCACCGCGGCGGCGGCGCUGGCGGCCGCUGGCGGCGCGGCUGCGGCGGCUGUGAAGGCGGCGCCUGUGGUGGCUGCGUCGGGUGGGGCGGCGCCGGCGGAGGCUCUGAGCCUGUUGGGAAAGGUUCUGGUGACUCCGGAGCAGCUGCGCAACCAGUUGACACCGCUGGCUCUUCGCGCCGCGGUGGUGGUUCUGCUUGUGGACCUGACGGACGCGGGCGGCACCCUCAUGGGGCGGGUGCGCGACAUGGUGGGGCGCAACCCCAUUGUCAUGGUGGGGACCAAGAUGGACCUGCUGCCGGAGGGCGUGAAGGCUCGUGAGGUGGCGGACUGGCUGGCCGGCGCCGCCGCCUCCAAGCGCCUCAAUGUCGUGUCCACACACCUCGUGUCUAGCCACACCGGAGAGGGCAUGUCGGCGGCUGUGUCGCGCAUUUGCCGCGAGCGGCGUAGCCGAGACGUGUACGUGGUGGGGGCGGCCAAUGUGGGCAAGAGCGCAUUCGUGCGGGCCAUGCUAAAAGAGAUGGCGCGCAGCGGAGAGCCCGUGGCCAUCGGCGCCGGCAAGUACCUCCCCGUGGAAAGCGCCAUGCCCGGCACCACGCUGGGGCUCAUCCCGCUGCAGGCCUUCAGCAGCGGAGGGAUCCUGUUCGACACGCCCGGCGUGCAUUUGCACCACCGCAUCCCGCACAUGCUCUCCCCCGCCGAGCUCAAGCUGCUGCACCCGCGACGCCGCCUGGCGCUCACGCUGCCGCCGCUGCCCGUCGAGCUGGCAGAAGAGGAAGCCCUGCAAGCCGCAGGCCUACGCGGCGGCGGCGCCGCCGCUCACGGGGAAGACGGCCAGGAGGAUGGGGCUGGGGGCAAGGCGGCAGGCGCGGGCGCGGCGUGGGGCGCGGCGGGCCUGGCCGGGGAGGAGGGAGAUGAGGGCGUGCGCAAGGGACGCGGCGGGCUGAAGAUCGUGGAUUAUAACCCAACCGACGAGUACGGCAUGCCCAUCACGGGGCUGGACGCGGGCGUACGGCAGAAACGUGGCGGCGGCGGCAGCGCCAAGGGCGUGGCGGCUGCGGGGGCAUCAGGCGGCCGGUCGGGCGCUGCUGCGGGCCAGGGCCAGGGCCAGACGUUGCAGGUGCUGGACCGCGGCCAGACCCGCGGCACGUACGUCUGGAGCGACCUGGUGCGGGUGGACGUGCUGGGCGGGCCGCCCAGUACGGCACUGGUGUUCUACGGCCCGCCCGCCAUGCGGGUGGUGGGGCUGCCGUACGUGCGGCCGGACCAGAAGAUCGAGGUCGACUACGGCACCGGAGAGGCUGUAGCCCGCGACUCCAGCAGUAGCAGCAGUAGCAGUAGCAGUAGCAACAGCAAGGUGCUGGUGUGCACGGACUCGGUGGCGGCGCGCGGCGGGCUACAGCCGACGGACCUGCUGGUAAAGGCGGCCAGCGCGGCGGCGGGCGGCGGCAGUAGCACGGCCCUGGCGGACAUUGCCGUGUCGGGCCUGCCGGGCUGGGUGGCGGUGUGGGCUCCCAAGGCCAACCGGGACGUCAGGCUGCGCGUGUGGGCGCCGCGCGGCGUGGAGGUGAUGCUGCGGCCGCCCCUGCCCUGCCCGCUGCCGCCGCCGCUGGUGCGCGCCUGGCGCGGCGAGUCGCGUGACGCGGAGGACGAGGAGGGCGAGGGCGAGGUGGACGAGGAGGCGGCGGCGCUGGGCGAGUGGAGCAAGGCGCUGGUGAAGGGCGGGCUGAAGGACCCCACCUCGGACCCCGCAUGGUGGGAGGCCAUGGCCGCACUCAAGGACGAGGACCUGCCAGGCUACGCCGCGGCCAACCGCCGCAAGCCCGCCCGAGGCAAGGCCGCGGACAGUGCCGCGGACGUAGAGGCGGGUGCCGUGGACGACGACCAGGAGGGCGAGGGCGAGGAGGAGGAGGAGGAGGAGGGCGGCCUGCCGGACUGGGGCGAUGAGGCGGAGCUGGUGGGCGAGGACGAGGAGGAGGAGGACUGGGCGGCGGGCGGCGGCGAGCGGGUGGUGGUGUCGGCGACGGUGGAGGACAUCCUGAAGCGGCCCAGGAUCGACGUGCUGAGUCAGAUGGACCUUGACUACAUCGACGAGGAGGAGGACGAGGAGGAGGGGGACGAGGAGGGCGGCGACGUGGCGAAUGACGUCAGCAGCUUCACACUGCGCAAGCCAGCUGGCGAGCCAGGCCGCGGGGCCAAGGGCGGUGCGGCUGCGGGCCGGGCCGGCAGCCGGGGCCGGGGCGCGGCCCAGUGGCUGGAGCAGGCGGAGGGAGGGGGCGAGGUGGGCCCUGCGGCCGAUGGAGCGUGGGACCCCUUCUCCACGCCGGUUGAGGCCGUGACCUCAGGAACCUCGGCGCCGGCGUCCGCGGCGGCCGCUGUGCGGAGGCGGCGAGGCAGUGCGGUGCCGGCUGUGGUGCCGGCUGCGGUGCCGGCUGCGGUGGAGCAGGAGGAGGAUGACGAGGAGGAGGGGGAGGAGGAGGAGGCGGCGCCGGCACGGGGGCGAGGCGGGCGGGUGGCAGUGAGGCCGUACAGCGCGGCGCGGCGGCGGCUGGGGCGGCGGCGGGAGGUGGUGAAGCAGGUGGUUGAGGAAGGGGACGGGGAGUGAUCUGCUGGCAAGGGCUGAUGGGUGUAUGGAGAUGUGAUCAUUUGAGGCGGGGGGCACCCAAGCCACAAUCUUCAACUGCAGGGAUGGAGCGUGCACCAGUAAACUGCUAACGCAGCUGACUGGUGCUAUCAGUUCCAGGGGUCUGCUGCAUUGGUUAAGCCCCAGGGGCCAAAGGCCACAUGCUGCAACGCCAAAGACAUUGGGGCCGUGGUUAUUGGGCAUUCACACUUACUUGGAAGCUGAUGCCCCUCACAUGUUCCAAUGUUUUCGGCAGCCAAGUCGCGUGCAUGUCGUGCUGCAUGCUGUGGUGUUGUGUUUAAGAUUGUGCCCUCCGUCAAGCUGCGCUGUGCUGCAAGUCUGCUGCCGACCUGCUGCCGAUGAGUCCUUGCGCGCAAUCAAAACGUUUAAAGUG